AUGAAGCCACCGCCAAAUGAGAAGGGACAUUUUCACUACGAACGUAGUUGGUCUAGAGAUAAGCGCUACAAGCCGCAAAUCAAUAGUAACACGACAUUCAGAUUUUUGUUCCACAAUCUCGAACAUGAUUUUGAGCUUUGGCCAAUUCUCUUCCUCUUCUCUGUUUCUUGUACGUUGGUUCUCAUAAUCGGAUUUUAUGCAACUAGGCGUAUUGAAAUUUGGUAUGAUCGAAGCACGAAAAUUCCUCCAUGGGAUUGGUCGCGUAUUCGUGAGGAUUAUUGGAAAUACCCGACUCAAAUCUAUGAUCCAUAUGGAUAUUCUCAUCAGCGUCUAUUCAUUAUGGAAAAGUUGCAAGACAAAUUAUUGGAAGCUGCUCGUGAGAGGGGAACUCGCACUUGA